UGUGUGUGUGUGUGCGCAGCUGCAGGUGUUCUGUCCUUCCUGACGGUUCAUCCGGCGUCAGUCUCUGGGGUCAAACAGAUUCUGCCCAAAACUCUCUCCGCUGUAGGCGCUAACAUGCUGCCACACUUGUCUGCUGUCUCUCUGCAGGUGAUCAGCACUCCUCAGAGCAGCAGCGUCCCCGCCGGUCUCCUGUUAACCAGCCCACACACACCAACCUCACUCCUCCAGACGCAGGAGUCCUCACCCUGCUCGACCGGGCGCAGCAGGAAGGGCGAUAAGAACGGCAAGGGCUUGCGGCAUUUCUCCAUGAAGGUGUGUGAGAAGGUGCAGAAGAAAGUGGUGACGUCCUACAACGAGGUGGCAGACGAGCUGGUGGCCGAGUUGAGCUCCGGAGACGACAACAACAUCUCCCCGAACGAUGCGCACGUGUACGACCAGAAGAACAUCCGGCGACGGGUUUACGAUGCUCUGAACGUCCUGAUGGCCAUGAACAUCAUCUCCAAAGACAAAAAAGAGAUCAAAUGGAUUGGGUUCCCCACCAACUCGGCGCAGGAGUGUCAGGACCUGGAGGCCGAGAGGCAGAGACGGCUGGAGAGAAUCAAGCACAAGCAGUCGCAGCUGCAGGAGCUCAUUCUGCAGCAAAUCGCCUUCAAGAACCUGGUGCAGCGCAAUCGUCAGGCGGAGCAGCAGAACAAGAGAGCUCCACCUCCGAACACAGUCAUCCACCUGCCCUUCGUCAUCGUCAACACCAGCAAGAGAACCGUCAUCGACUGCAGCAUCUCCAACGACAAGUUUGAGUAUCUCUUUAACUUCGACAACAUGUUUGAGAUCCACGAUGACGUGGAGGUGCUAAAGCGCAUGGGCUUGGCGUUUGGUCUGGAGUCGGGCCGCUGCAGCCCGGAGCAGCUGAAGAUCGCCAAGAGCCUCGUUCCCAAAGCCCUGCAGCCGUACGUCACAGAAAUGGCGCAGGGUGCCAUUAACCAGCUGAUCGGAGAGCUGUCCCAUGUGGCCACCGACCGCGGCGCGUCCAGCUCCAACGGCUCCAGGGUGGAGACACCCACGUCCUACAUGGAGGAAGAGGAGGACGACGAAGACGAGGACUUUGAUGAAGAUGAGGACGAUUAGGACGGGCCUGGAGCUGCUGAUUCUGAGUUUGAGCUCCAGAACCCGUCUGGAUCGGGAUCACAUGCAGAUUCCCUUUGUUCCCCCAGUUCUUGUUGUGAUCCUGCUGUAAGGAUUCCCUCAAAUGCUUCCUAUAAUUCUUCAGCUCAGUCUAUUAUCUUCAGUAGCUUAUGAGCAGAUAAGCUCGAAUGAUCGUCUUUGUGCUGCUGCUCCUGCUGGCUACUUUUGAAGAGCGCUGUUCACCGAGGCUGAGUUUUUCUACCGGUUUGUUGUGUUUUGCUCUCAUAGGCAGCUAUUUUUGAUAUUGGAGCUUUUUCUGGACGUUUGUUGUGACAUGCAGCUCUUCAAUCACAGACAACAACAAACGAACGUCAAACAAACGUCCAGCCUUUUUUGUACAAUGUAACAAAUACUAAGGAAAUAUACUUUUCUUAUUCAUGUAUAGACAUUAAACGGAAAGAAC